AUAGCCGCAGGUUAAAUUCUUCUGAGUUCCAUUCCUUUCUCCGAAUCCAAACAGAAACAGAGGCCAGAAAAAGAUAUUAGAGGAGGAGAAGAAAAGGAGAAACAAACAUGUAUCAUCCAACUCGUGGCGGAGUUCGCGGUGGCCGCGAUCAAUUUAGUUGGGAUGAUGUCAAGGUUGAUAAGCAUCGAGAGAAUUAUAUUGGUCACAGUAUCAAGGCUUCUGUUGGAAGAUGGCAGAAAGGGAAGGAUCUACACUGGUACACUAGGGAUAAGAAUUCUAAGGGUUCAGAUGCCGACGCUCUUAAAGAAGAGAUAAAAAGAGUCAAGGAAGAGGAAGAACAAAUGAUGAGGGAGGCUCUUGGCUUAGCGCCUAAGCGUUCUACCCGACCACAAGGUAAUCGACUUGAUAAGCACGAGUUUUCAGAGCUUGUAAAGCGCAGCUCUACUGCAGAGGAUGUGGGUGAAGGGCAUUCUGAAGCAGCAAGGGUGGAUGGUCUUGGUUUCUCAAGAAUGCCCCGUCCUUGGGAAGACCCAAGUACUAUUCAAUCUGGUACAUCAGAAGUUUCACCGACCAUGCUAAAGCCAUAUAUGGCACCCAGCUCCUCACCAGGAAAUGCUGAAAAAGAUGAGUUGAAGGAUGAGAGCCUGCAAAAGAAAAGGAGGCGGGAAGAGAAGAAACGAGAUAAGCAUGAAAGGCAUGAGAAGCGGCAUUCUCGUGAUUCAGAUGACAAGAGAAAGCGCAGGAAAGAUACGGAGAAAAGAAGACACGAUUCGGAUUAGGAUUAAACAUGUUAUCACUGCUGCGCUUUAUCUCGACCGACAAUGUCACUGUACCCAUUUAUUUGAGACUUUUGUCAUAUAAGGUGAUUGCAAGGAAAGUGAGGUUCUAUGUAUGAAACUUGUUUUGUGUGAAACUACUAUGGUAGUUCAUUGGUUGUGACUCGUUACAAUGAGUAUAUUAGAAUUCUCAUAUGCGUAUUAACUUUA